CACCAACACCUCGACUAAAAAUCAGGCGAGAAACAGAAGCCUCAGGAGAGAGAGAAGAAAGAGAGAGAUGAUAUGCCCAUAGCACCACUCUUGGGAGAUAGAAAAGAGCUUAGUCUUACACCAUACGAACUUACAAACCAACAGCAACACCACCAACACCAAGCUCUCUACAAAACCACCGACCCCACCGUGCUCCCUUCCUCUCUUUCUCUCUCUAUCCAUCUCCCGUUCUAUUAUAUGAUGGCUAUGCUAAUGGACCAACAGCAACAGCCACAGCAGCAGCAGCAGCAGCAGCAGCAGCGGCAGCAGCAGCAGGCUUACAAGCACCACUGCCGGAUCUGCAAGAAGGGGUUCGGCUGCGGCCGGGCCCUCGGCGGCCAUAUGCGAGCCCAUGGCAUCCACGACGACACCUUCGGUGUCCAUACCGACCCUGAUGACGACCCGCCUUCAAACGAAUGGGAUGACAAACUCGAUCCCCCCGCUGGCCACAAGCGCAUGUACGCCCUCCGUACCAACCCCAACCGCCUCAAGAGCUGCCGCGUCUGCGAGAACUGCGGCAAGGAGUUCCUCUCCUGGAAGUCCUUCCUCGAGCACGGCAAAUGCAGUUCCGAGGAGGACGCCGGCGAGGACUCCCUCGCCUCCUCCCCUCCAUCCGAUGCCGAUGACGAGGAUCCCGUCCGAGGGUGCGCCGGCUGGUCUAAAGGAAAGCGGUCGCGCCGGGCCAAGGCCGUGACGCCGGUCCCCCCCUCGAGCGAGGAGGAGGACCUUGCCAAUUGUCUUGUGAUGCUCUCGGCCGCCCGCGUCGAUCCGGUGGCCGUCGUUGAGACCGAGGAGUCCUGCGCGUCUGCCAGCAAGGAAGAAGAUCGGCGGCAGCAUCCGAUCGGGACCACCGCCACCACCGACAUGCCUAAAGCCCCCGUGCUGCCGCCCCCGGCCGUCCCGAGGGGAAUGUUCGAGUGCAGGGCUUGCAAGAAGGUCUUCAGCUCCCACCAGGCCCUCGGCGGCCACCGCGCCAGCCACAAGAAGGUCAAGGGUUGCUUUGCCGCCAAGCUUGACGACCUCGACGAGGCCCCGACGGACGGCGAGGUGAUCACUGAUCAUGACAACAACAAUAGCGAGAUGGCGGCAGCGGCGAUGGCGAUGGCGAUCGUGCCAUUCGACAACCCUCCGCUGGCCGUCACGCCGCUCAAGAAGAUGUCCAAGGUGCACGAAUGCUCGAUUUGCCACCGGGUGUUCACUUCAGGGCAGGCCCUUGGCGGACACAAGCGGUGCCACUGGAUCACGCUGAAUGCACCGGACCCUGGUGCGAUUGCGAAGCUCCACCCGCUGCCGCCCGGCCACGCCGCCGCGGGCCUCCACCCCCAGUUGACGUUGGGGCCCAUGUUCGAGAGCUCGGACGCGCUCGACCUCAACCUCCCGGCUCCCAUCGAGGACCUCGCCGGGAUCAAGCAGGACAUGGGUGGCCCGUCGCGGCUCGAUGUGCCGGCGGCGCUAUACCUACAGCCAUGGAUUGAUCAUAGCAACACCGACACCAACACCAAUAUCAACGCCAACGACAACAAAGCGGCUGCUAGCAGCAACAACAACAACAGCGUGGACAUCAGGGAUCCCAACAAUGAGCCAAUUACUGAUAUGAAUGUGGAUGACGAGGCGGACAGCGUGGUCAAGCUAGCGAAGCUGAGUGAGCUCAAGGACAUCAACAUGGGAGGGGACAGCUCUCCUUGGUUGCAGGUGGGAAUUGGGUCAUCUACCAAGGAGGCUACUGAACCAUGAGGACAGGAAGGAAUCUCAUUCCAUUCUGAAGAAUUGUAUGUUGUACAAGGUGAUCACUGUAAUUACAAGCCCAACUUAUGGGAAUUUUUUGAUAUUUCCCCCUUCUCUAUAAAGAUCGUGUAACUAUUUAUUUGUGACAAUCUUUUUGUAAUUAAGGGAGCCCAAUCUCUUGAGUCUGGAUCAAGUGAUCAGGAGAUUGUUUUGAAUAAAGAAGGAUAUUAUGUUUCCCCGAUUGGGGGAGUGGAGCACUGGACUGCUGCA